CAGAGACCAUAGUUCAAUAAUUUCCUAUAGGCCUAAACUGAAUGUAAUUUCCAAAAGUAGUUACUUACAUUCAAGCACCUUAUUUACACCUUAAAAAUACAUAGCAAAGCGAUAAGGAUUUUAAGCAUUGUAAAUACAGCUUUGUUUACGUGUAAGCUGUUCAUGAACAGCUGCAAUUGUAUUUCAUAAAGUAAACUGCUACACUCCAUUAAACCACCUGCCCACCUUAGUGACGUAACCUAUCACGUUGCUCGUAUAGUUACUAUUAAUUCUGCCCUCAAUUACCACAAAGUACAAUAAUAAUACCACUGCAAGUUAGGCGAGAAGGAUCGCGAACAUUUUCAGAUUUUACUAUUUAAGUCUUCUAUCGCUAGCUGCGCGAAGCAGCGGAGGUUCACACGUAUGGAAGCUAAAAACACAAAAACUAAGAUACCGAACGAUGAUCCACCAGGAUACAAUGAAAACCAUGAAAACAGAGAUGGUCUUCAGAAUAUUAUGGCACCUGUAAUUCCCGCAGAAACUGAAUAUCCACCAGGUUAUCCAUCACCACCAUCAGAUUAUCCAUCACCACCACCAGAUUAUCCAUCACCAUCGGGAUGUCCCCCACCUGGAUAUCCACCGCAACCUGAAUAUCCACCACAACCUGGAUACCCACCACAACCUGGAUAUCCACCACAACCUGGAUAUCCACCACAACCUGGAUAUCCACUGCAACUCGGAUAUCCACCACAAUCCGGACACAUGUCACAACAACAACAACAACAGCUUGUUAUCACACGAACCUACCAACCACAAUACGUUGAAAAUAAGGUGACUUCAGCAUUUCUUGUCACCCUUUUCUGCUUUUUCCCAACAGGCAUUCCUGCUAUUGUUUUUGCACAAAAAGCACAAACAAUGGCCCUAUCCGGUAAUAUAGAAGGUGCACAGGAAGCAAACGCUGGUGCAGGAAGGCUAAUCAAAAUAUCAAUGAUUGUUGGUUUUUUCAUUAUUAUGAUUUUAAUUAUUCUACGCUUUGCUGUGAUUAGAGGAUUGUGAGGAUAAGGAAAAUUGACAUUAAACGAAGAGGGACUUCUUUUUUUUAUUAUUUAUAUUUAAUUCUAAUCAGAUAAAAUAUUCUUAGCAAAAAUGUUUCAAAAUAUUGAGAAAUCCACACAAAUGAUGAUAUUUAAUACUAAGUUAUAUAAUUUCAAAUACUAAACAAUGAUAUAUUCUGAUCGGUGAAUUCUACAGCUCCAACUUGAUAGCAAGACCCUAUAAUAGAAUAACACUAUGAGAGUAUAAUGAUGUUCCUGAAGCCCUUGUACCGUUCCUUCCGGUCAAGAAAGGUGAUGUUGCAUCUUGCUUUUACUUAAAUGUUCAUUAUCAUAAUCUCAGCAACUACCAAAGUUUAAAGCUAUUUUAGAAGCAUAAAUGUUAAACGAACAAAA